UCGGUGGUGCUCUGUGUUCCUGGGACGCAGCGGAUCACCGAUCAGCAGAAAGAGCCGAAGUCUUCAGCUCUGUUAUGUGAUCAGCUGUGUCCAAUCACAGCUGAUCGCUCAGAGGGAACAUCUACAGUGAUCAUCAGUGCCCUGAUGAUCAGUGUAGCCCCAUCAGUGCCACCUGUCAGUGUCCAUCAAUGUCACCUCUCAUUGCCCAUCUAUGCAGCCUGUCAGUGCACAUCAAUGCCACAUAUCAGUGCCUACCAGUGCACAUCAAUGCCACAUAUCAGUGCCCAUCUGAGCUGCCUUUCAGUGCCAACUGUCAGUGUAAGUCAGUGCCACCUAUAAGUG